CUGGGGUGGACAGUUCGUGUCCGACCGGUCCUUACAUGAAUUCUCACUCCGAUUUGCUGUGCUUCGAGAAUGCUUCUCCUUCUGGCCAUGAAUUUUGGAAUAUAACAAAGGGUGCUAUUGAAACUAGUUCAUCUAAUGCACUGGGUUCAGAUUGCUCAUAUCACUACCCUUCGCUAACUCCUGCUACUGAAUUCUUGAAUGACAGCAUUGGAACUAGCCAUCAUGUGACCACACCUUGUUCAAUUUCCACUCCCGAUCACUCCACCACCACAAGUGAACAUGUUACAUACCAUCAGCUCCAGCGUCUCACUAAAACUAGUGGAAUGUCGAUACAUGCACCCUCUGAGCUUUCAGAGUCGCUCCGAUUGGGAUUGGACUGCACUGAAAACUACUUAGACAUCAACGAUCACAGCCAGGUUCCCAUUUACCCCCAGAAUCAUAAGGAUUCAUUGUACAUACCUACAUCUAACUACCAACAUUCUAAUUCAGCUUCACCUUCGUCAGCUCCAAAAGAGAUCCUGUAUGAUCUAUCUCAUACCCAUCAAUUGCGUGAGGUAUUUCAUCAACCUCCUUAUCACCCUCAGGCCUCUGAUCUGCCGACCGAGGGCGAAUCUAUCUGCUUAGAUUUGGAUCAAGUUUUUUCCGCCAUUGUCAGUCCGGAAGAUGAAUCUGACGUUGACCCCGUGAAAUUUAAUGAGAAUGCUUCGAACUCUGUAGACUUCCACCUGAAAACAUGUAUACCCCCUGCUGGCGACAGUAUUUUCCCAGACGACAUUUUAUUUCCAUUGAAUUCGGCACAGGACGCCCCACGUUCCUCUGAUCUCAACCCCUCUACACUCCCGUGCAUAGUUGCAGGUGAUGAGAGUCUGAGUGUGACUCAUUAUCCAAACUGCCCCCAACCACUGCGUAUUCUCUGUGAUGACAGGGAAAAAGAUGUUUACCAACGACCACUUCUAACCGCUAGUCAUGCUGACUCUUCGUCUUUCCCACUUGAAAACCGCCCGGGUUUCCCACUACUCAAUUCCUCUCCUGUUUCGCCGUUCAGCCGACAGAUUCUGUCGCGUUCCCCGCGCUUUUGUUCUGCCGGUCCGGAACAGCUUUCAUUCAGUCUAUCUCCACGAAGCGCCCUUUACAGCUCAUCCCCUAUGCGUUCUAAACACAAUUCCUCUUGUUCCAUGAACACAGACGGGAGUGUUAUGACCCCGCAACCCUUCAUCCACAUGAGUUCAGUCAGUUCCUCACCUCGGUUUCAUCAGCGAUCUCCUAGUCACCUACCGUGGCCGCAUAUUCAGGCGAGUAUAACCGAUGCACGGCGAAUGGAACUCGCUCCAAUUAUCCCCAACCUCUCUCCCAAUCGCUACUUAUUCGGGAACACAACACGAUUGACUGCAUCUAUAGCCGAAAUUCCGGUGGAUUCAACGCACAUGGAUUCCACAGUGCACCAUGCUGCGCGUGGCUCUCAACCGUUGGGUGCCAACGUUCCCAAAGAAUCUUUGGCCCAUAUCAGACCCCGCGGCGCACAAUCCGUCUCCAAUCCGACGAUUCGCUUCUGUGAGGUGUGCGGAGACAAGUCGAGUGGAGCACACUACGGUGUAUACACCUGUGAGGGUUGCAAGGGUUUUUUUCGUCGUGCCGUGCAGCGCAACCGCACGUUUAGCUGUGCUCGAAACGGUCAGUGUGAGGUAAACCGUGUCCUACGCAACAAGUGUCAGCAUUGUCGGCUUCACAAAUGCCUUGCGAGCGGAAUGUCUAAGGACUCCGUUCGCAAAAAGUUUGACUCCGAUGAGAAAGUAUCUCCUCUUCGUCGCGCAAAGGUGAGACCCACCAAUGCUCGCACAAUUAGAAAAGGUGGUCCCAUAGGAGUCGGUUUCCAGAUAACUAACCCGAGCGAUUUACACAUCUCCCGCGAUAACGAUCCUCUUCCUGUUCCGCAACACACAACACCCGAACGACCUCAGGCACCCCUGACACCAUCCGAGAGGCCUUCAUUCACGAGUCCAACUAUUAUGCCACCACUUUCUAUUGACGACCGGAGAAUGAUUACCAGUCUGUUUGAGUUAUUCCACGCUAGCAGGAAGCAAGCAAUCAUCGAGAGUGGUGGUGAAGUGAGUUUUUCAUUUUCGUUUGCCAUAUCUCAAUUGCUACUUGUCAAAUUUCUAGUGUUUGUUUCGCAGCCAUGCAAUGAUCCCUGUUGGCCUGUUCUCUUUUGUUUUCUCUGUUCAAUUUGGUGAUGAGGUUACCGCUAAAUGAUCCGUUCAUCACCAUUUUAUCCGGAUUGAAGGAUUUUCUUAUGAUCCAUUAAAAGAAACGGAAGGGAUUAUUAGAGGGAAAGAUCUCGCAGUAUGGCCACUACUGUCUAAAGUUCUAGGCUAUGUUCGAAAGGCUCCAACCAAAAAUACUCGUGAUCCUUGGGUUUUCAAUCUUGUAAACAGUAGGGCCAUAGCACAACCAAUAUUUGAGUCCAUGUGCUGGGAACUUCUAGGCCAGCUUCCGCGUUCGACACCUUGCUCGUUUUAUGAAUCAACAACUAUGUGCCCAAGGCGGCAUGACAAUCACUCAAAUGCCAUGAGCUUGGGUUAACUGUUGUUGUGUUGGUAUGCUCGCCAUCAAUCAAAGUCGCACCUUCAUUGCUUGAUAUUAAGUGGUUUGUUAGCAAAUGCUAAAGCAAAAUUUGAAGCACUGGGUUCCCUUUAUCAAUCUAAAUAAUACAAUGACAAGACAGGUGUUGCACCAUGAUGUCAUUUUGCGCUUUCUCAUCAAAUGCAAACGAGCGGCAUUUAACGAUCACGAAAGGGGAAAAUCAAUGGUUUGAAUCAUGUCGAAAUGGGAAUGCAAGAAACAUAAGGGUAGAAACUAAAACAGAAUCACAACGUUUGAGACAAGUGUCACUAUCCCCAAGGAAGCUUGAGGCUGACAGUCAACUGUUUUUGCGCACACAGGUCCGCACGGCUGUGAUUACUUGCCACAGCCUCCGCGAGCUUGAGUAUCUUGGCUUUUUCAUUACGGUAGAUAACCGUAAACGCCAAGUUAGAAUCAUUUUGGUGCCCCGUUCUAAGUAGAUAUCUGGCUAUCGAAGAGGCCGGCAAUUUGGAUCUUGACUCUUGUCCCUGCGAUUGUUUUGCCACACUUGUAGCAACCCAUUUCGGGAUGUGCUCACCGAUCCGCUUGCGCAGACACCGGUCUGUUCUGCCGAUGUAACUGCUUCCAUAGUUACAGACAAAGAUGAAGAUGCAGUAUGUUGUGGCAGAGACCGAUUGCGUUUGCUUAACCUGAGGCGUUGAUAACUUACUGGUAAUCCAAAUUGGGCACAGUUUUGCAGCACUGAAUGUACGUCGAAUUGCUGUGGCAACACGACGCUCAACUUGCGCAGCCACAUCAUCCCCUUUGAAUUGCGAUUGGAGAUAGGCGGGCAUUUUCGACACUGUAAGGGGUUUUGUUUGUUCCCUUCCGUCGUGCGACUGUGAAACUUAACAAACGCUGUCGGGUAGCCAUUUGCCUCUAGCGUCUGUGUGAUGAACUGCAAUUCAGCUUCGACACAUUCAGGACUGCAUAUUUUACGAGCUCGUUGGAACAGCGUUUUGACGAGGCAACCCUAGUACCGGACGGGUGUGAAACUGCUGAAGUUUUCGUAAAGUCUCGUCCAAGUGGCUUUCCGGUAGACAGAACCUUCUAUCGAGCAGUCGUCAGUUCUAGUCAAAACUACAUCCAAAAAAGGCAGACAGUUGUUGUUCUCUAAGUCAUAUGUAAACUGAGCGUUCAGGUGUGCAUUGUUCAUCACCUCGAGAAGACGUUGGGCGGCAUUGAUAUUGGGGGCGAUCACUAGCGUAUCGUCAACGUUUCGCUUGUAAAGACACAUCUGGUCGAAGUGUGAGUCACAGCGUGCCUCAACCAUUGACAUGAAAAUGUCUGCAAUCGUGGGACCCAGUGGACUUCCCAUUGCAGCGCCGUCCAAUUGUCGGUAGGACUCGCCUUCGAAUAAGAAAUGUACCUUCUCUGUGCAUAACAGAAUUAAAUCGUUUGGUUAACCGACUGGUACCGUAAACGCCACUGGCACCAUUUAACUCAUUGAUUUCCUUUUUCGUGAUCAUUAAAUGUCGCUCGUUUGCAUGUGAUCAGAAGGCGC